GCGCCCAAUCAGGAGGCCGAGGGGAUGGGCACUUCCUGUGUCUUGGCAGGCACGUUCCUGCCUGAGUGGAUUGCUGAGCGCCCUGCGGCGUCACCUUCGUUUCCGUGACUCACCCGUACUGCAGGCUGCGUGCAGAGGACCCCAUAAGACCCCCAAGCCUCGCAAUGGAGGCAGUGACCUUUGAGGAUGUGGCUGUGAACUUCACCCCAGAGGAGUGGGCUCUGCUGAAUCCAUCACAGAAGAAGCUCUACAGAGAUGUGAUGCUGGAAACAUUUAGGAAUAUGACUGCUGUAGGAAGAACGUGGGAUAACCAGCAAAUUGGACAAGAGUACAAAAAUUGCUCAAAGAAUCUAAGAAAUGAUGUGGGAAAAUGCUGUCAAUAUAAAGCUUGGAAACAAGAAGAAUUAUGUAUUUGGACUCCAGAUGCUCAUGCAGACAUGCGCCAACCUGCUUUAAAGCCAAGUGAAAGCCUUGCUUGUAGGAAGCCCCUGAUUGGGCAUAGGAGGCUAAAUGAGCCUGUCAUGGCUCACACUCAGCUGAACCAGGAUGAUUAUUUGGGAUUUGAAGAGAAACUGUAUAAAAGCAAUGGAAAUAGAAAAACCUGCACUGAUACUCAACUCUUUCAAAACCAUGAAAUGAGAAAACUUGGAGAGAAAUGCUGUCAAUGUGAGCACUGUAGGAAAGUCUCCUCUGACCCUACUGAACCAAGUUACACUAGAGAGAAGAUCUUUUUAGGUAAGAAAAGUGUAAAAGCCUCCAGCAUACCCCAUGAUGUUCAAAUGCAUGAAAGAAAUCAUAGGGGGGAGAAUUCACAUUUAUUCAAGCAGUGUGGGAAACCUUUCAUUUCUUCAUAUCAUAUUCAAAUACAUGAAAGAAAACAUGUUAAUGAGAAGGCUUAUAUAUCUAAGGCAUAUAUGAAAAUACUAGCUGAUAAUAAUUCCUUUCAUAGACAUAAAAGAAUUCACACUGGGAAAAAACUGUAUGUAUGUAACCAGUGUGGGAAAACAUUCAUUACAAAGAGGUCCUAUAAAACACAUGAAAGUAAUCAUACAGCUGAGAAAUCCUAUGUAGGAAAGCAAUGUAGAAAACAAUUCAGUGAUAAGCCCAAAUAUCGUAGACAUACAAAAUCCCGCACUGGUGAGAAACCCUAUGCAUGUAAGCAGUGUGGAAAAGCAUUCAACAGGUACAGUCACUGUCAAAAUCAUGAAAGAACUCACACUGGGGAGAAACCCUAUGUAUGUGAGCAGUGUGGAAUAUCUUUCAGCCAAAAAGCAAGUUUGCAGAAACAUCAAGGAAUUCACAGUGGGGAGAAACCUUAUGUGUGUAAGCAGUGUGGAAAAUCUUUCAUCCAGAAUGGUAACCUUCAUGUACAUGAAAGAAUUCACACGGGUGAGAAACCCUAUGCAUGUAAGCAAUGUGAAAAAAGAUUUACUGACAAGUCCACAUAUCAUAGACAUACAAGAUCCCACACUGGUGAGAAACCUUAUAUAUGUACACAAUGUGGAAAAGCGUUCAACAGACGCAGUCAUUGUCAAAGACAUGAAAGAGUUCACAGUGAGGAGAGACCCUAUGUGUGCAAACAGUGUGGGAAAGCAUUCACUACACAGAAUUAUUUUCAAAUACAUGAAAGAAUUCAUACUGGGGAGAAACCCUAUGUAUGUAAGCAAUGUGGAAAGUCUUUCAACCAACAGACUAAUUGUCAUGUACAUGAAAGAAUUCACACUGGAGAGAAACCCUAUGAAUGUAAGCACUGUGGAAAAGGGUUUGCUGAUAAGUCCACAUUAUCUAGGCACAGAAGAUCCCACACUGGAGAGAAGCCCUAUGUAUGUAAGCAAUGUGGGAAAGCGUUCAGCACACUCAGUCACUGUCGAAGACAUGCAAGUAUUCACAGUGGGGAUACACAUACGAAAAACUAUGUGUGUGAACAAUGUGGAAAAGCAUACACUAGACAAAAAUUUUUUCAAAUACAUGCAAGAUGUCACACUGAAGAAAAGCUGUGAAUCAGUAAUGUGAGGAAUCUUCAGCCAACAGAAUACUUGUCAAAGACGUGAAGGAAUCCACUCAGAAGAAACCCUAUGUAUGAAAGGAAUGUGAGGAAACAUUCAGUACAGAAAAGUGCCCUCAAGUACAUGAAGAUGGUAUACUGGGCAAACCAUAUGUGUGAAGGCAGAGUGAGUAAGAUGGGAUGCACUCACACUGCAAUACAUUUAUCUUUGUAAGAUGUGUGUGAAAACAUACAAUGAUAUCAUUUAAAUGGUUGAAUAAAGUCACACUGGGCAGAAAGCCUGAAGUCAGCAAUAAAGGAAAGAUUUUGGCAUAUUUGGGUACUGUCAAAAACAUGAAGUCACACUGGAGAGAAAUUCCAUGCAAGCCUAUUUUGAAUAUCCUAUGAAAUCUACUCAUAUAAUGAUUGACUUUUUUUCUUGUCUUUUGAGACGGGGUCUCAAUAUGAACUUCAGACUGGCCUUUAGCUCACUUUGUAGCUCAGGCUGGUCUUGAACUCGCAAUGAUCCUCCUGCCUCAGGGUCCCCAGUGCUGGGAUUACAGGUGUAUACCACCACAUCCAUCUCAUGUAAUGGAGACCUGUAGAAAUAAUAUGAACAUAUUGUUGCCAAUAUUUCCUUAAUAAUAUUCCAGAAAAUACACUCCAUAAAGGAGAUACCCUAAAGUGUAUUCAUUCUGUUUCUCAGUAAGUUAACAUAUGGGCAGGGGAUUUAGCUCGUAGCAUAAGCGCCUGUCUGGCAAGCACAAGAUCAUGUGUUAGAUCCCCGGUACCAACAACAACAAAAAAAAAGAAUGUAAAUUACUUGUAAAUAUUUAGUUUAUGUAUUUGGGGUCUCAUAAUAAAAUUGAUUUGACACAA